AUGUCUUCUCAAAAUCGUCCUGUUCGUAUCGGUUGCUACUCUGCAUUUUGGGGUGAUUCCACAUUUGCCGCGGCUCAGCUCAUUGAGCAUGAAGGAAAAAACUUGGAUUAUCUGGUAGCUGAUUAUUUGGCCGAAAUCACUAUGGGUAUUCUGGCUGCUCGUCGUCAACGCCGCAUCAUGACUGGAAAGGCUGACAAGGGUGUGGAUUACAUUGCAGAAUUUCUCAGCCUUGUGUUGAGCAAAAACUUGCCUCAAUUGAUCAAGAAUGGCACCAAAGUUAUCACCAAUGCAGGAGGAUUGGACCCAAUUGGAUGCAAAGAAGCUAUUGAAGCAUUGCUGGAAAAGCUCAACAUCAAGGGUGUUCGUGUUGCUGCUAUUGUUGGCGAUGAUGUCUUGGCUGAUAAAGAAAAUCGUACAUUAGCCGGAUUUAAAGAUGUGCAUUCCUUCUCAACUAUAUCCUCUGUGGACCACGCCAAAGACUCUGACCGCUUGCCCGACAAAGACGAGCCUAUUGUGUCUUUAAACGCUUAUUUGGGUGCACAUGCUAUUACUGCUGCCCUAAAGGAAGGUGCUCAAAUCAUCGUCACCGGACGUGUAGUUGAUUCUGCCCUCGUAGUUGCUCCUUUGAUGUAUGAAUAUGGCUGGGAAGAAGGCAGAACUGCCAAUUACUAUGAUUUGAUGGCUUCUGCCUCACUUGCUGGACAUGUAAUUGAAUGCGGCUGUCAUGCUACAGGCGGUAAUUUUACAGACUGGUAUCUUGCUGCUCAAUCUCCUUUUGGUGGAUAUUCUAAUAUGGGCUACCCCAUAGUUGAGUUCGACAGAUCGGGUUCAUUUGUGGUGACAAAGCCUGAGAAAACCGGAGGAUUGGUCACUCCAGCUACUGUUUCUGAGCAAAUCUUGUAUGAAAUCUUGGAUCCAUCAUUGUACCUCCUUCCAGAUGUCAUUUUGGAUAUGCGUCAAGUCAAACUAUCUCAAGUUGGCAAUAAUCGUGUGCUUGUCACUGGUGCCAAGGGUCUCCAGCCUACACCUUACCUUAAAUGUUCAGGUAUCUUCCUGGAUGGUUGGAAGAUUACUGGGGAGAUGUUGAUUGGUGGUGUGGAUGCUAAAAAGAAGGCUCAUGCUGUUGGUGAAGCUAUCGUCAAGCGAGUUGAAACUAUGUAUAAAAAGAUGGGAAUUCCAGGCUUUAGAAAUGUCAAUAUCGAGGCUCUCGGUGGCGAGUCUCUGUUUGGUCCUCAUUCAAGAACAAAUGACACUCGUGAAGUCAUGAUGAGACUAACUGCUCAUCAUGACGACCCUAAAGCAUUAGGUCUUGUAGCAUUGGAAACGAUUCCUUCUGCCACUUGUAUGGCUCCAGGCAUCACAGGCGGCGGUGCAGGUCGUCCAAAGCCUAUUCCCAACAUGGUUCAUUUCCCUUUAUUAAUACCUAAAUCACAAGUUACUACUAGCUACGUUGUUGGAAACAAUGGAGUCAAAACAGUCGCAUGGGGCUCAUGGGAUAACAAUGCCUCUUACAGCAAACCUACACCUGUUCCUGCUAUUCCUGAAGCUGACCUGACGGGUCCUCUUGUCAAGACUCGCUUGAUCAAUGUUGCUUAUGGACGCAGUGGUGAUAAGGGCGAUGUUUGCAAUGUUGGCAUCAUUGCUCGUGAUCCCAAAUACCUCCCCUAUAUCAAACGUUCUAUUACUGAGAAGGUUGUUGCUGACUACAUGAAGCAUUUAUGCAAAGGCACUGUCACUCGAUUUGAGUUGCCUGGUCCCAAUGCCAUGAACUUUGUCUUGACACAUUCGCUCGGCGGAGGUGGCCUUAGCUCGCUGGUUGUUGACAGACAAGGCAAAACAUAUGCUCAGCUCUGUUUGAGCGGGUUGGAAGUGGAACUUCCUGCUUCCAUGGCUCCCUCAGUGGAGGCCAAGUUGUAA